GGUGCUUCGGAGGAGACGGCGAGCUUUAAAUAAUCCAUGCUGCAUCAAAUCACCUAUUUUCGUUACGGAUGCAUUUUCAACCGAGCAGGUGCUUGAUGGGUGCAACAUCAGAAAUCAUGUUCGCAUGCGACGCGAUGUGUAGCGUUCAUCCCUCAUUUCGCCCCCAUCCAGCAGUUUCCCGAUUUCCGGAAAAGGGGAACUUUAAUCGUGUAAAUCUAUCUUGUUUCCUUCUGCAAUCAAAGGUAUCUACAGAAAAUCCCCGUCUAUCAUGUCUCAAGAACCCUAGCGCGUACACAGGCAAAGAUCUCUUCCACACGAAAAGAAAUGUUUCAAGCACUCUCGUCAAGCGAACAGCCUGUAUCUUGAUUGGCCCACGCCUUGUCAAAAAUGAAAAGAUAUUAAAGGGAGAUCUGCAGGAACUCACAAGUGAAGUUCGAUUCGGACCGUCCCUGAUACAAUGGAGAUUAUUAUCUCAUCAACGUUAACAUCCGUUUCCGCGAACCUGCGUGCAGGACUCCAAUCUAUCGCUUCGUUUCAUGUGCUUCGAUAUCUCUUCCA